AUGCCGCUCCUCGACUCGCCAGAGACAGCUGGGGGCGCCUUGCGUGCGGUGGCGGCGGCAGUGGACCAGCUGCUCGAUGCACUGCACCGCCUUGCUGCAAAGUACGGGCCCGCCUGCUGCGUGCUGCUCUGCACCAACCUCGACACGCUAGCCCCCGCGGCGCCCUCGGACGCCCACUGGCGCACCGUGCUGGUGCAGCUCGGGAUGUCGUCGGCGCAGCGCGCGCGCGCGCUGGACUGCUAUGCGGUCUACCUGCAGCGCGGCCAGCUGGCGUCGGCGACCAGAGAGCGCGCCUCUCAGGAGCUGCGGCGCCUGCAGGAGCACACGAGCAGCCACACCGCUUACUGGGCCGCGGCCGCCGGCCUGCGGCGGCUGCUGACCGCGGAGCACGCCGCGUACGCCGCGCUGGGCUGCACCCUCAGGAGCAUCCUCAGCCGGGCGCAGCUGGCCCGCUGGGUGGUGUGCUCGUGGCCCUUCUUCCCGUCCCCCGCAGACCUCAUGGCGGCGCUGCAGCAGGAGAGCGCGGCCGCAGCCGCGCCGCCGCCCGGCGCGGCGGCUUGGGGCCUGCUGCCCCGGCGCGAGUAG